UAUAACUAGAGUAUAGAGAGAAAAAACUAUAUUGAUCCAUUAUUAUACAAAACCAUACACUAUUUUGCAGUCUCUCCACCUCUGCGAAUCGCAACCGCCAUGAGUUUAUUCUUCGAAGGACACGAGGAUCUCGUAUCAAUCAUUAAACAUCGUGAUGGUUUGGAAUGCGAUGCUUGCGAUCGAUCGUAUGGGGAUGUCUUCUCAUGUGGUGAAUGCAAGUUUAUUGUUCACAAGAAAUGUGUAUUUAUGUUCGACAUACAAGAGAUAUUCGACCAUCCUUCGCAUGAUGGACAUUGUCUUAAGCUUCUCACAACAGGAGCUCCUGAUCACACCGACCAAAAAUGCCAUCUCUGCGGUAAAAAGACCAAGCGCCUUCUUUAUCAUUGCUCUGAUUGUAAACUCAAUUUGGAUAUUGAUUGCAUAAUUGAUCACAUAUGACUAAUCAUGGUUGAACAACGCGGGAGUAAUAUGUUUUGUGACUUUUGUAAUGAAUCGGGCAUAGACUAUUGCUGUCCUCUUUGCCGGUUCAUGAUUCAUGAGAGAUGUGUCUCUGUAUUUGACUCACCAGAGAUUACUCACCCUUCUCAUUUCAGACACCCUCUUAAGCUUCUCAGCAAUGGAGCUCCAAGGUACACAAACUUAAAAUGUCAUAUAUGUGGACAUGCUACUGGGAACUUACUAUAUCAUUGUGAUAUUUGUAAGUUCAACUUGGAUAUGCGUUGUGCGGUUAGAGAACCCACACCAGUUGCUCUUCCAAAUGUGAAGGUCCAUGAGCAUACACUCAAACUCAUGCCAAGAUUGAUCUCCUUCGUUUGUGAUGCUUGUGGGAUGAAAGGCGAUCGUGCUCCUUAUGUAUGUGUUCAAUGUGAUUUCAUGGUCUUCCAUCAAGAGUGUGCUCAAUUACCUCGUGUCAUUAACGUCAACCACCAUGACCACCGCGUUUCGUAUAAGUAUUCUCUUGGUCCUGGAGAAUGGAGAUGUGGAGUUUGUUGGGAAGAAAUUGAUUGGUCAUAUGGGGCUUAUUCUUGUUCCAUUUGUCCACAUUAUGCUAUUCAUUCACUAUGUGCAACAAGAAGAGACGUAUGGGAUAUGAGAGAGCUUGAUGGAAAACCUGAAGAAAUUGAAGAUAUCACGCCAUUUAGGAAGAAUGAUGACAACACCAUCACUCAUUUCACUCAUGAACAUAACUUGAGCAAAGACGGUAUUGCUUUGAAGAAGAGCGUCUUGUGUGUAGCAUGUGUUUGUCCCAUCGGUUCUGAUACAUUCUACAACUGUUCAGAAUCAUCUUGCAGUUUCAUUCUCCACGAAACAUGUGCGAAUAUUUCUAAGAAGAAACGACAUUUUCUGAGCCCAGUACAUCUCGUUCUUUGCCUCCAAAACCAACGCAACACAGAAACUUGCAAUGCUUGUCGACAAGUUUUUUGCAAAGGAUUCAUCUACUCUACGACUACAUAUCGAGAAAAGUUCUUUGACUUAAUAUGCAGUUCGAUUACUGUUCCUUUUUUCCAUGGAAGUCAUGAUCAUCAUUUACUCUUCCUUAAACUUGGACGCGGUAAUGUGAAGACUUGCAAGGGCUGUGGUAUCGUUGAAAAAGAAUACGCUAUAGGUUGUAUCAAAUGCAAUUACUUUUUGGAUUUUCGUUGUGCCACUCUACCAUUGAGUGUAAGCCUUCCCAGGUAUGAUGAUCAUCCACUCACUCUUUGUUAUGGUGAUGAAAAAGCAAGCGGCAAAUGUUCGCCAAAACAGGAGAACAAAUCAAUGACGGUGUUGAACUGCUGCCAAACAAUACAUCUUCACGACCACUUUGCGUAAAUUGUCAAUGUCGUUGCCUAG